AUGAAAGAGUGGGGUAUUGAAAACAAGGUUUUCACUAUUACUGUUGAUAAUGCUUCAAGUAAUGAUUUGGCCAUUCGGUACAUGAAAGAUACCAUUCAAAGAUCUAGAACAUUGGCAUGUGAAGGAAAUUUAUUUCAUAUUCGUUGUUGUGCACAUAUCUUGAACUUGUGCGUUCAAGAUGGGUUGAGGGAGAUUGAAGAUAUUAUUAGUAAUAUAAGGGAAAAUGUAGAAUAUGUAAAUCGUUCAGAGGCAAGACGUAUGCAAUUUAUAGAAUGUGUGCAACAAUUGCAGUUGAAGGAUAAAAGAUUGAUUCGUGAUUGCAAAACUAGGUGGAACUCAACUUUUGAAAUGUUAAGUUGUGCACUCAAGUUCAAAGAAGUUUUUCAAAUGUUCAAAGAACGUGAUCACUUUUAUGGUUGCUGCCCUCAAGAAGAAGAAUGGAAUAAAGCUCAAAAGAUUUGCUCACUGUUGGAGGCUUUUUGGAUAGCCACACACAUCAUUUCAGGUAGUGAGUAUUCUACUUCAAAUUUAUUUCUUCAGGAAGUUCAAAAAAUAAAGCCAUCAUUGGAUACUUAUGCACAACAUGAAGAUUUGUUUCUUAAGCAACUGACUAGUAAAAUGAAAGAAAAAUUUGACAAGUAUUGGGGUGAUUAUGCCUCUAAGCAUAUCUCAAAAGUUAAGGAGAUAAUUAAUUCUCUUUAUGAAAAGUAUGUUGCUGAAGAAACUAAUAAAGGAGCGCCUCAUCCAUCUGAGUCUGAGAGUUUUGGUUUUUCAAAUGUUAAAAGAAAUCAACAAAGUUCUGUGUAUAGUUGGGAUGAUUUUGAUGUUGUGCAAAAGUUGAAACUUCGGAGACUAAGAGAUCUGAAUUGGUAG